AUGGCUGACCGGAGGCCUGCUGCUGCCGCUGGUUCUCGCGGUGCCGCCGCACCGAAGAAGUGCGGAGAUCGUCGAUGCAGGGGCAAGCACCCUCGAGAUGGAGCCGCGGCAGCGGCUACGCCCGACGAUGAGACCUACGAAGAGGAAUGGGCCGACGAGUGGGCUGGAGAGGACUGGGCCGAGGACGACGACGAGGAGUCGGAGAUUCCACCGAACUCGGCGGAGUUUCGACGCACCCGCGGUGAUCGCAAGAAGUGGCGCGGAGGACGGUGCCCAGCCCCACCUCCACUCGAGGCCCGGUUUCAGAAUAUAUGCAAGCAGCCGAGAUACUACCAGAAGUGGGUUAGGAAAGUGCACAUGUGGAAGGCCAGGGCGCGACGCUGCAAGCCGAUGGCCGAGCUGGCCCUGGACCUUUCGGACGUCAUCACGGGCGAGGGCGCAGAGAUGAUCGAGUCUUUGGAAUGGGCCCGUUUGUAUUCACAAGAUGGCAUUGAUUUGGUGAUCAACUCACUCGCCGUGUUUGACGAGCAGCAGAUCCUACAGGUUGGAGACCUCAUGGAAGAGCACGAAGAAGUGGAGCGCCUGCCUGGUGAGCUGCUGGCCGCGUACGUCGCGCAUUUCAAGGAUCUCGAGAUGCGGCUCAAGCGGGCAGAGCUUCCAGCUCAGCAAGGACAAUUUCGUGCAUUCAAGUUGUUGCGAAGUUCAUGUUUAUCGCCGGAGGUUCGGCGCAACCUCCUCCUCGCGACGGGCAAUGAGUAUGACUUCGACCGCCUCGUUCAGGCUAUGAGUUACGACGGAUGGCACGCGAGCGACUCGGUGAGGCGGCCGCUCCUGAACGCAGGUCGGCUGGUCGAGAUCACGACAAAGGAGGCGGCAAAGGACGAGAUCGACAGCCACAGAGAGGUUGACAGCAUCCAGGUCAUGCAGGAGGUGGCGGACGCUUUGACCGUCACAAGCGACAAGUUGAAGAAGCUGACCUUGGGCCGCGGGUGGACCGGAAGCGCUGCCCGGCAGGUCGCCGCAGACAUCGUCAGCACCGCCACAGAGAGGCACUGCGACGCCGCCGGCCGGCACGUCUUUUUCAGGAAGCAUUCGUGGAACGUUUACGGGAGAUCGAUCCGGAGAUUCAAGAGCACCGGCGGCAUCUCAGAGGCCAGGGUUUCGCCAGACGUCAUCGAGGCCUUAGUCACGCACCUCUCGCCUGACGAGCUGCAGCAGCGCGUGGCCGCCUUCGAGAGCAGGGUCGCCACCAGCGACAAGGGGGCCUCUCACGUUCGAUUUCAGGCAGCGCCAGAAGUGCGUCAGUUUUCCGUGGAUUCUCGCGGAGCUCAGGCGGCGAGAAGCGGGACAAAAUCAUCGCAUCAGGUCGACGUCAUCUGGCAUGUCCGGACGCCCUUGGACGUUUGCUUCCUCGAGGAUUCCCAGGGUUUCUACAUUGUCAUCGACACAGGUUGCCAGCGCAACGUUGUGGGCUACGAGUGUUUGGGAAAGUUUCUGGAACAUAUCGCCUACCUGGGAUUGAGUUUCUGGGAAGCUGAGGAGCAAGAGAGGUUUCGGUUUGGAGUCAGUCGUGCGGUGAGCAAAUCUGUGGUGUAUUUCCCGAUAUGUAUUGAACAUGUGGUGCCCCUGGUUUGCCGUACCUCCGUCUUGGACGUGAACCCUAAGUUGCCUUUCUUGGGAUCGUUACCGAUGUGGAAGCUCUUGGGCCUCCAGCUGGACACCUUGGGGGAAAGGGCUCAUUUCACCAAGAUCAACCUGUGCGACGUGCCCCUGAAGAUUGCCCCGAAUGGCCACUUGCUUCUGAGAGUCGACUCUUGGUUGAAGGAUGUGGGGUUCCCAAGGGAGCCCGAGGCCUGGAAGUUCACCCCCUCGGACGUCAUCAUCCCGGAGCCCCAGUGGAUCCCAGAGGAGGCCCGAUCGUCUCGUCGCACAGUCCAGCUGACGAGGCAGAACCUGGCGAUCAACGCGUGGACGAACCUGAUGCAGCUGAUCAUGAACCACCUGUCGCACAUCAUCGGUCGCAGUCGCGAGCAGCUCCGGCAGAACAUGGAGAUGUCGAACCGGAUGAUGGGCACGAUCGCGCAGAUGGGCCACGAGAUGGGCUACCUGACACCGAUGGCGGACUCAGUGAAGGCGAUCGCGAGAGGAGCCGCACAGGUUCCGGAGAGCGUGCUGCCACCGCCGCCGGCACCAGAGGAUCAAGCCCAGAACUACUCACAGCUGUGCGAGAAGAGGGACGUGUGCGCCCAUCCGACAACGAGGAGGUACUACGCCAAGGGGUACUGGCUGAUCUGCGACCAGUGCGGCCGGCGGUGGAAGUCGGUCAACGGGAAGUGGAUCGUGGACGACAAAGAAGAUCCUCUUCCCUCCCCCGCGUCGGGGACCGAGAUGGUGAAGAGAGGCGCCUGGAAGCGCCUUCUCGGCACUGCUAAGAAGACGACCGCAGCCUGCGAGACGCUUAUUAACGUGAGUCAAGAUGCCGAUCGCCGAGCUGCCGAUUUACGAGACGCGGAAUGGUGCUGUUCGGACGUGGCCUUCAUGGACAUUCCCGUUCCCGAGUUGCCCGACCACCUGUACCUGGACAACGAGUGCCAGGCGUGCGGCACCGACCUCAUCGAGGGCUGCGCCGGGACAGCAAGACCUACGCGAUUAGCUUCACGCUUUGAGCUGAGGGCCUCGCCGAGCGCCGACAUAGAGGACGGCUGGGACUUGUCAACUACGCGAGGUGCUCAGAGAUGGAAAGAUCAGAUACAGAAAGACAAGCCCCUCUACGUGAUCGUAGGCUUCCCCUGCACGCUCUGGUGCUCCUACAACGUCAAUGUGAAUUACGUCGACCAUCCCGAGCUGCUUGAGAGACUUCGUGCCCGGGAUCGACGGCUGAUUGACUUGAUCAAGUGGACCAUCAAGUACCAGGUGAAGCAUGGCCGGUUCUUCUUGUUCGAGAACCCGCCGACGUCAGCGAUCUGGAAGGACCUCCAGUUCGCCCCGCUCCUGCCCUUGGGCGAGACCGUUAUUGGCCAUGGGUGCCAGUACGGGAAGACAGGCAAGACUGGCCUGCCGAUUCGCAAGGCGUAUCGCUGGUUCUCCAACUCGCCGCCCGUGCUUGCGGCUCUGAGCCGCCGCUGCCCAGGACUUCGUCCGGAGUCCGGGGGCCACUUGCACGAUCAGAUUGAGAACUCGAAGUGGACAAAGGCCAGCGGCGAGUACACCGACGAGAUGGCCCACGCGAUGCUCCACGCGAUCCAGCAGGUCGCCGCCCAGAGGAAUCCGAGCAGGUUCGCCGACAUGCCGGUCGCGGCUACCGAGUGGGAGGUCGCCUACAACCACGCAGGUCCCAUCGAGGUGCUGUUCGCCUCGCCAGAGAAGGACCCCACCAGGUGGGAGGCGGUCAUGCAGGGCGUCCGACAGAUCGUGGGCGGCUCCGCCAGCCGAGGCGGGAACAAGGCCAUGCAUUACCUUUCGAAGUCAUCCACGCUCUGGAGACAGAUUAGCCAGCUCGUCCCGUGGGACCUCACGAUGAUCCAGCUCGCGAAGACAGCCAGACAAAGGAGGUUCCCCAUCAACAAGGAGCCGUGGUCUCACCGUGGUCACUGCUACGUGGACGAGAAGGGGCAUUACCACAUCGAAGCCGAGGACCUGGUUGACGUGGCCUUCCCGACGUUGGCCUUGUCGCCGCCCGCGGACCUAGCCGUUUUCUUCUUCGGCUAUGCCAAGCAGGAGUCCCUCCCGCAGGAGCCUGACACGUCACACAUAGAGAAGCGAAUGCCGCUUCCCCCGGACCCGAACGACCCGAUGCUGCCGAACAACAGCCUGCCGCCCGACGAGGACGACGACCUGCAGGACGUCCCGAUCGCUCGGAUGCCUGACGCGUCCGGCGGUAUGGCUGGCAUACGUUUUGUUGGAGUGACAAAGGAGCAGUGUCCUCGUGAAGUUCGCCAGCUUGUCGCUCGUAUGCGCUGUAACUUGGGACAUCCUGUGCCCAGCGAGUUCUUCCAGUUCCUGGCUCAGAGAGGCGCCUCGCAGGCCGCGCUGCUGUGCGCCAGAGCGCUGAGGUGCCCGGCGUGCCUUCGUCGCAAACGGCCUCAGCGACAGCGGGAGUCACAGAUUCCAAGAGUGGGUCUGUUCAACGACUUAGUCAAGGGCGACUUGUUCUACGUCAUGACCCACGACGGUACGACGCACGCACUCUUGGGACUGGUGGACAAAGCUACGCGACUACAUGUGGUGUGUCGGAUUGCUUCACGCGAGCCAGGAGACGUCUGGGAGAAGUUCCAGACGUGCUGGCUCACCCCGUUCGGGAUCAUGCAGAUUCUGGUUGUCGACCGGGACGGUGCCUUCGAAGCCGUGUUCAUGGACAACUGCCACACGUUGGGAAUCGACGUGAGGUACGUGCCGCCGGGAGCUCACUGGCAGCUGGGCCUGGCCGAAUCCGGCAACUACGCCUGGCGCCGAGUCUUCGAGAAGGUGAUCGACGUCAUCCUGCCGACGAUGCCAGAGCACGUGGACCUCGCGAUCAUCUCGACGAGCCACGCCGUAAACCAGUCAGUGCGCCGAGCAGGCCGCACCGCCUAUGCCGCCGCCUUCGGACGGGUACCCACACUUCCGACCGAGCUCUUGGCCGACACCACGUCCGCCGAGUUCUGGCACAAUUGCACCCAGGAUGAGAUGUUGGCCUACGGGGAGAGAUGCCGCAUUGAGGCGCUCAAGGCGAUCGCCGACCUGGAGGCCGACGAGGCGCUGCGCACCUCCAUCCUCCGCCAGCCUGUCAACCGCAAGGAGUACGACUUCCUCUCGGGGCAGCGCGUGGCAGCCUGGGGCGAGCAUGGUCGCAAGCGACGGGGCAAGACGCCCGUGGCAGGGUAUCGCCCAGGCAUUUUCUGUUUCUGGGAUUCCGGCACCAACGGCUACGGCGAGGGCGAGUCUGCCUGGCUGCGGAUCGGGCACCGCACUGUGCAGGUGGCCCGCGAACACAUACGCCCAGCCGUCGGUUUCGAGGGCUGGACCCCUUCCGAGGAGGACCUCAAGGAGCUCAAGACGGCCGAGCAGGACUUGGCGAAGGCCAGAGCGGUACCCGGCGUCGAGCCCAGCGUCGAGCCGAAGGCGAAGCUCCAGAGCCCGCUGCGCCCUUUCCGUGGCCAGCACCGCCUCAGUUUGGACCAGUCCGAGCACGAGAGCGCUCUGCGACGCCCACGCCGAGGAAAGCUUCCUAACAUACCGGGCUCACCGAGCCCAGCAGCCUUCGUGUCCAACGAGUCGGGCGAGAUGGAGUUCAUCACACCGGAUGGCUGGGACGGAGUCGAGGAGCCGGUCUUGCUCAGGACCCGCGUGUUCUCGAGCCUGGCGGAGGUCCAGGAGGCCUACGAGGCGCACCUCUUGCCCAUCGAGAACUUCGAGAACGACCUGAUCGACGACAGCGAGCCGGACGACGACUGGACAAACUGCCUGUACAUGACCUCCCACGAGCUCUCCGACCUCAGGGACGGCGAGAUGGACGUGGACUGUGCGACAGCACAGGUGGGCGACACGACGGACUCGAACAACCUGUCGAGACGCGAGCAGCGUCAACUGGAUCGUGAAAUCCCCUGGCGGGAGAUCGCAGAGUACCCGGAGGACCAGUUCAUGGAGUACGUGAAGGCCUUGCGCAAGGAGUGCCAGAACUGGGACACCUGGAAGUCCGUUCGGGCCUGCUCGCAGGAGGAGGCCGAACAAGUUCGUCGUGACCCUCAUCGCCGCAAACGGUGCAUCCGCUCGCGCGUGUGCUACCGGGACAAGAACUUGGGGUUUCCGCCGUUGAAGGCCAAGGCUCGCCCGGUGUUGCUGGGGUUCUCCGACCCCGACCUGGAGAAGUUGCCGCGUAACGCCCCGGUGCUGACCGACGCCAGCAAGAAGCUGAUCUGCCAGAUCGCGGUCUCGAAUGACUGGCGAGUCGGGACCGGAGACGCGGAGAGCGCCUUUCUCCAGGGAGGCGCCCAGAGCGAGCGCGAGGAGGCGAUCUACAUGAUUCCGCCCAAGGACCCGAUAGUUCAAGCCGCCGGAGUCUUCACCGCCCCGCUCUACGAGGUGGUUGGCAACCUGUACGGUCAGUCGACGGCGCCGUACCUGUGGUACAAGCACGUGGUGACGACCUUCCUGGCGCUGGGCAGCAAGCUCCACAGCCUCGAUUCAGCUCUCUUCUUGUGGUUUUUUCCGAACAAUGAGUUGGCUUGCGCGGUGGGUAUGCACGUGGGCGAUGCUCUUGCGGCACACCAUCCCAAGUUCGACUUCACACCGAUCGAGAAGGCUAUUAAAUGGCGAGGCUGGCAGUGGGACAACUUCGUCUUCCUCGGCGAGGAGUACCAGCGCCUACGUCAAGGUCCGUACAGUGGAAGUUUGUUUGUUCAUCAAGCGGCCUACACUAAGGCGAUUGCAGUCACGAAGGUUGGAGUUAUGUCCAGCACUCGGUCUUCUUCUAAGCUGACGCGCUCGGAGCGCGAAGAUCUGGAGUCUGCUGUCGGUUCGCUCCAGUGGUUGUCCGGACACACACGUCCAGACCUGUCAGCCGCGGUUUCCCUUGUCCAGAGGACCGACCCCGAGCUGAACGACCUACGGAUGGCCAUGAAGCGCGUAGAGUACGCGCACCGCACAGCCCAGACUGGCAUCCUGAUCGUCCGCGUCGAUUUGAGCCGCGCCUGCUUCGUGAGUUUUGCAGACAGCUCAUGGGCGAACGCUCCAGGAUUGAAGACCCAGAUCGGCGCCCUCAUCUUUUUGGCAGACGAGGUGAUACUCACCGGACCCACGUCAUGUACUCUCUUGUUUCACAAGUCCAAGAGAACGCCGAGAGUGGUGAGAUCUACGCUGGCUGGGGAAGCUAUCGCGCAGGACCUGGGAGUGGACUACGCGUCGUACUUGUCGAAGUUCCUGUCCGAGAUGUUGACCGGACGGCCUGCUGGCCGACACCCACCGAUCUUCGAGGUUAUCACCGUUACCGACUGCAAGUCUCUGUACGAUGCCCUCCACCAGCUCACCCCGAGUUUGUCUGAGAAACGUAUUGUGAUCGACGUGAUUUCCAUUCGUGACGAGGUGAAGGUCAAGAACGUCAGAUGGAUCCCUACGACGCACAUGAUAGCCGACGGCAUGACCAAGGAGGAUCCGAAGCUUCGCGAGAAUCUGACCGAGUUCUUGGCGGACCCAGUGCUUUCGCUCGUGGAGUCGAUUGCUUGCGAGGAGCUGACCGUUUGA